AUGUGUGGGCGGUAUGCUUUGGGCAUACGUGCCUCCUUCGUACGAUAUCAGCUGCAGCAGCAGAACAUGCAGGUCGACAAUGCGCCGAACGAUGAUGAAGCUCGAGAGACCUACAAUUUCCCACCUGGUGCUUACGGUCUUGUUUAUCGCGCCGAGGUGCCCGACAACGGGUUGAGCAACGACGGUCAAGGUCAUACUGAGAACGAUAACACUAACGAGGGAGCAUAUGACGAAGCAGAGGCGCAGGAGACCCAGGAGGAACCCAGCUCGCACAAAAAAGCUGGCUUUAAUGGAAAGUACGAGCUCAAGACUAUGAAAUGGGGUCUAAUUCCUUUCUGGACGAAGCGCUCUCCAGAUUAUGGCUCAAUGAUGCGGACCAUCAACUGCAGAGACGACUCUUUGAUCGAAAAUCGUGGUAUGUGGAACACUAUGAAGCAGAGGAAAAGAUGCAUUGUGGUGGCUCAAGGCUUUUACGAAUGGCUGAAGAAGGGCCCUGGUGGAAAGGAGAAAAUACCUCAUUUCGUGAAGCGCAAAGAUGGUCAACUCAUGUGCUUUGCUGGUCUAUGGGAUUGUGUCAAGUACGAAGAUGCUCAAGACAAACUAUACACGUACACCAUUAUAACGACCGACUCAAAUAAACAACUCACUUUUCUACACGAUCGAAUGCCGGUCAUCCUCGACCCCAACACUGAUGCCAUGCGACUGUGGAUGGAUCCUACCACCACAAAGUGGUCAAACGAGUUGCAGAACAUUCUCAAACCAUUUCAAGGUGAGCUAGAAUGUUAUCCUGUUCACAAAGAUGUUGGUAAGGUUGGCAAUAACUCUCCAGAUUUCAUUAUACCUGUUGAUAGCAAAGACAACAAAAAGAACAUUGCCAAUUUCUUUGGAAAUGCUAAGAAGAAUAAUGCCAAAGUCGAGGAAUUGAGAGAGACCAUAGACCACGACAGCUCGGAGAAUCAUGCUCCUUUACCCAUACCUGCUCAGAAUGAGAAUUUGAAGCGCAAAGCUGGUGUCGAGGACGAGGGACAUAUCGACAAGGCAAUGAAACUUGAGUUCGACCCAGAUACCAAGCCUCAGACACAGGCAUCCUCCAGUCCUGCAAAGCCCAUCACUCCUGCAAAACCCACUGGUGCGAGAAAGACAAGAAGCGCGACCAGCAAUGCGGGAUCCACGAAGAAACCAAGUCCUAUUAAGACAGAAGGCAAUCAACGCAUCACGGGCUUCUUUGGCAAGGGAGACGCCCCUGGUUGA